AUGAGCUCGAGAGCAACGUCAUCACCCAUGUUGUUGUUGACGUACAUCGGGCGUGUUUGCAUCCUUUGCACGAAAAGGGCCAUCAGCGCUCGUUUCCUCAUCGCCGUCAUUUUAGUCAUUUCUACUUUCUGCUACUUGGUCUUUAUUCCGCUAUGGGAGGAAUUGACAAUUCCUACGGCCGGCGACAGAGGGACCUGUUGUCUAUCUGCUGAUCGCCCGGUAGAUAUCUGCGGCCGAUCGAAUUGCACCUGGCCAACAUGCUCAGUAAAGUCCCAGUAUUCACUCAAACAAAUCCAUGGCGGGGCCUUUUUCAUAGAAACUUCCGGUAGCGCCACUUUAAACUUCCGGCAGGCCUGCGCCGUCGAGUCCCUCGCUCACCACAAUCCCAAUCUAACCGUCAACGUCCUAUUCAUGGGUGGGCGAAUCAACACUAGCCUGGUCACGCUGAAAAAGCUGAAAGAGAAAUACGACAACAUUCACCUAAUCAGUUUCAAUCUGGACGAUUACAUGGCCGGAACUCCGCUCGAGUAUUGGUACCAUUGCAACAGCUGGAGGGACGGGCCUUUUCACGUGUCUCAUCUCAGCGACGCACUGCGAUUUCUGACGCUGCACAAGUACGGAGGAUAUUAUUUCGACCUGGACGUGAUAUCCGUCCGCCCAGUCACCGACUUGCGCAAUUUCGUCGCCGCCGAAUCGGACGAUUAUCUGGGCAGCGGGGUCCUCCAUGCGGAAUUCAAAAAUCCCGUCAUGGAAUUGGCUGUCAAAGAUUUUGCCACCAAUUACCGGCAAGUUGAACCCAUUGACAUAAUUUCCCCCCCAAAAUUUUUGAAUUUGAAUUUUUCGUCCAGGUCAGACGUUUGGGGCCACAACGGUCCAGCUCUGCUGUUGCGGGUCCUGAAAAGUUGGUGUAAAGCCCAGGAUCUCCUGGAGAUGGACUAUGUCAGUUGUCACGGGUUCAACGUUCUUCACUACUCGUCGUUUUGCCCCGUCGACUAUUCGGUGGCGACGAAAGAAUUUUUCAUCCAUCGACCGGCCAACCAAAGUCGACCGUUUUGGCUCACCGACCAGGUGGUCGGCGUUCAUACCUGGAACAAGUUGACGUAUAACAAACCCAUUUACAAGAAUUCGACCCAACGUUACACUUGGCUGGCCCGAAACCAUUGCCCGUCCAUUUUCGCUAUUGCACCCGAAAUCUUUUAAUUGUCAAUGUCAACUUG